GGAGCAAGAUCUCUUUAUCUCAGAUAUUCCCUCACGCAUACGCUUCAAAAGGGGGAGUGAAGACGAACGAACACCAUAAUCAUAAGCUCAUCACUCUCCCCAUCGCUGCCGAUCUUCUGUUUCUGUGAGUAUUGAUGGGUAAAGGAGCCCAAAACUACGGGAAGAAAGACAGUACAGGCAAAGCUUUAUCUUCAGACAGUCAUGUUGCCUGGGCAAAAGAGGUGCGUGAAUGUGAAGAAAAUUACAAGGUGAAGAGAGAUUAUGGUCUGUCAGAUGAUGAAGUAGAGAAGCGCUUGCAGAUCCAUGGGUUGAAUGAGUUAGAGAAGCAUGAAGGACCAUCUGUUUUCCGUCUAAUUUUAGAUCAGUUCAAUGAUACACUAGUUAGAAUUUUGCUUGGUGCUGCCGUGAUUUCUUUUGUAUUGGCCUGGUAUGAUGGUGAAGAGGGUGGAGAGAUGGAGAUCACGGCGUUUGUAGAGCCUCUGGUAAUUUUUCUGAUACUAAUUGUUAAUGCGAUUGUUGGCGUUUGGCAAGAAAGUAAUGCUGAAAAGGCUUUAGAGGCCCUUAAAGAAAUUCAAUCACAACAAGCAACUGUCAUACGCAAUGGUAAAAAAAUAUCAGGCCUGCCUGCAAAAGAACUUGUUCCAGGUGAUAUUGUGGAGCUUCGUGUUGGGGACAAAAUUCCUGCUGAUAUGAGGGUCUUAAAUCUAAUUAGUUCAACCCUUAGGGUUGAGCAGGGUUCCUUGACCGGUGAAAGUGAAGCCGUUAGUAAAACCACUAAACCUGUUCCCGAGGAGUCUGAUAUCCAAGGGAAGAAAUGUAUGGUAUUUGCUGGGACAACAGUUGUAAAUGGGAAUUGUAUUUGUUUGGUUACAGAUAUAGGAAUGAAUACGGAGUUAGGGAAAGUGCACUUCCAGAUCCAAGAGGCCUCACAGAAUGAAGAAGACACACCGUUGAAGAAGAAAUUGAACGAGUUUGGAGAAAUGUUGACCAUUCUAAUUGGGUUAAUCUGUGCUUUGGUCUGGCUCAUAAACGUAAAGUACUUCCUCUCAUGGGAGUAUGUUAAUGGUUGGCCGGCGAAUUUCAAGUUUUCAUUUGAGAAGUGUACCUAUUACUUUGAAAUUGCUGUGGCAUUGGCAGUUGCUGCUAUCCCGGAAGGUUUGCCUGCUGUGAUUACUACUUGCUUGGCCCUUGGCACCCGUAAGAUGGCCCAGAAGAAUGCUCUUGUCAGGAAAUUACCUAGUGUUGAGACACUUGGGUGUACAACAGUGAUUUGUUCCGACAAAACUGGUACUCUGACCACUAACCAGAUGGCUGUGGCUAAGCUUGUUGCUAUGGGUCACAGAGCAAAUGCUGUUCGAUUGUUCAAUGUGGAAGGGACCACAUAUAAUCCAUUGGAUGGUAAAAUAGAAGACUGGCCAGCUGGUCAAAUGGAUGCUAACCUUCAGACAAUUGCAAAGAUUGCUGCUUUGGUUAAUGACGCUAGCAUUGAGCAAUCUGACAAAGGCUAUGUUGCCAGUGGAAUGCCUACCGAGGCAGCACUAAAGGUUCUUGUUGAGAAAAUGGGACUUCCUUAUGGUUUGAGUUCUGGUUCAUCUACAGGUUACAAUGGCCUUAUGGGUUGUUCUCAGGCGUGGAGCAAAACUGGGCGCAGGAUUGCCACCCUUGAGUUUGACCGUGAUAGGAAAUCUAUGGGGGUUAUUGUGUCUUUGGACUCUGGGAGAAAGUCACUACUUGUAAAGGGUGCAGUUGAAAACUUGUUGGAAAGAAGCUCCUACAUCCAGUUGCUAGAUGGUUCUGUUGUUGAACUCAACCGGAGGGCAAAAGAUGCAAUCUUAGACAGCCUUAAUGAAUUGUCGAUGAGUGCAUUACGUGUUUUGGGUUUUGCAUACAAGGAUGAUCCAUCAGAAUUUACGACAUAUAAUGGUGACGAAGACCAUCCUGCUCAUAACCUUUUACUUAAUCCAGCCACUUAUUCUUCAAUCGAAAGUAAUCUGACCUUUGCUGGCUUGGUGGGACUGCGGGAUCCUCCUCGUAAAGAGGUUCGCCAAGCAAUUGAAGACUGCAGAGCAGCUGGAAUUCAAGUAAUGGUUAUAACAGGAGAUAACAAGAAUACAGCUGAAGCAAUAUGUCGCGAGAUAGGUGUAUUUGGACUUGAUGAGGACAUCACUUCAAAAAGCAUAACAGGAAGACAAUUUAUGGACCAUCCUGAUCAAAAAGGUCAUCUUACCCAGAAAGGAGGACUACUUUUCUCCAGGGCUGAACCACGUCACAAGCAAGAGAUAGUGAGGCUGCUAAAGGAUGCUGGUGAAGUGGUAGCAAUGACUGGGGAUGGGGUGAAUGAUGCACCUGCUUUGAAAUUGGCUGAUAUAGGAAUUGCGAUGGGAAUUGCUGGCACUGAGGUGGCCAAGGAAGCUUCUGACAUGGUUCUGGCAGAUGAUAAUUUUAGCACAAUUGUAGCUGCAGUUGGAGAAGGCAGAUCUAUCUACAACAACAUGAAGGCCUUUAUCCGGUAUAUGAUUUCUUCAAAUAUUGGUGAGGUUGCUAGCAUAUUUCUCACUGCUGCCAUUGGGAUUCCAGAAGGCCUGAUUCCUGUUCAGCUUCUAUGGGUGAAUCUUGUUACCGAUGGACCUCCUGCAACAGCCUUGGGUUUUAAUCCACCAGACAAGUACAUCAUGAAAAAGGCCCCUCGCAGGAGUGAUGAUUCCUUGAUUAGUGCUUGGAUUUUAUUUAGAUAUCUCGUGAUUGGACUCUACGUUGGUAUAGCCACCGUGGGCGCUUUCGUCAUAUGGUACACACACGACUCGUUCUUUGGUAUUGACCUGAGCAGGGACGGUCACAGCCCUAUUACCUUCUCACAACUCCGAAACUGGGAUCAGUGUUCAUCUUGGGAGAAUUUCACCGUCUCCCCUUUCAAAGCCGGAGACCAAGUCUUCGAUUUUGAAUCCGACCCUUGUGAAUACUUCCGUGCUGGAAAAGUGAAAGCCAUGACCCUCUCCCUUUCCGUAUUGGUGGCCAUUGAGAUGUUCAAUUCCCUAAACGCCCUUUCGGAAGACGAGAGCUUGUUGACCAUGCCACCUUGGGUCAACCCGUGGUUGCUUCUGGCAAUGUCCAUCUCCUUCGGGCUUCACUUCUUGAUUCUAUACGUUCCUUUCCUUGCCCAAGUUUUCGGGAUUGUUCCUCUAAGCCUGAACGAGUGGUUGUUAGUAUUGGCGGUUGCUUUGCCGGUUAUUUUGAUCGAUGAAAUCCUCAAGUGUGUGGGUAGGUGGACAAAUGGGGCUAAAACGAGUUCGAAGUCUUCCAAGCACAAGGAUGAGUGAUGAUCUCAACAGAAAUUAAUACUACUCCAAUUUUUAACAACUGGUCUGAUUUAUAUAUAAAUAGGUUUUAAUAGAAGUUAUUUUCUUCAUGAUAUUAGGAACAAGUUCAUAUUCUGUUCUAUGCCUUGGUUGCAAUCAUUGUGCUGGCUUUGCAUGCUGUUAAUAUGUUCUUUUUUAGCCA